AUGCCGCGAAAACGCAAAAACAACAGUACCCAAUCCUCGCCAAAGAAGAAAGCAGCUUCUUCAGCUGCUCUAGUGACGACACAGCAAAGCACUUAUACCCCAGCUCCAGCUCCGGCCCCUGAAAUCUACACGAUCCGCGUGGCCCACCCAUCUCUGGAUUAUGACUACUGUUUUGACGGCCUAAAGGACGGCCACCCAAUCUGGCGAGAUUUCUGCGAACUGGCAGUUACUCUUACCGCAGCAGCCUAUGAGCACCGAGGUAAUAGCACCAUGGCGGACAUACAGGCACUUUGGAACCAGUCCGCAUCAGGAACCGAUGUCCCUCCGAUAAAACUGGAAGUCAAGACUGCAGACGCAGUCGCACAAACAGUAAUACCUACACCAGAAGCACCUUCGCCGCCAGAGCAGCAUGUUGUGGACACGGCAAAUAGACCCCCUCAAACCACAGAGGAGACCCCGCUAUCACCCCCCACGGCAGAACAGAGACCCAAGACCUACGCACAGGCAGCCACGACCAGGGGCCCAGCACCCCCAAAACCGAGAUCAAAACCAAAGAACCGAACCGAUCUGCGAACCGAUUCGCGAACAACAUCAAGGGAUACCAACCCAACACCAGCAUCACUGCAGCGAUUCACCCUGAUAAUGGAGACACAGGUGGGGGAGGACUUCAACCCGGUCACAAUUCGAGAUAACCUCAACAAACACCUCCCUUUCCCUGAAGUUGUCGGAGUUGCUCGGUCCAGACAGGGUAACUUAGUGGUGACCUGCAGAAGCACAGUGGAGGCGGUUCUUAAAUGCCAGCACCUUUGGAUGCCAGGACUGCCACCAGUCAAACGGGUCCAGGAUGAAGACAGAUGGGCCAGACGAAUCUUGUAUCUCAAGCAGCCAGUGGCUGCUAGCACUUUGGAACAGGAGAUCAGAGACUACAAUUCAGCCAAGCUUGCCGCCGCCCCUGGGUUUAUCGGAACUUCCACGGUCAUCUUGUUCUUUGCAGAUGACAGGGAAGCGCCAAGGGAGCUCUACUUGCUGGGCACUCGCUUUAGCCUAGCUAGGUACAAGCCCAAGCCAAGGUCAACCCGGCAUGGAGUUCUAUAG